UAAAUUAGCGAUUCUGAGUGCACAGACACAGCUUGCAGUCGUCGCUUUUUCCAGCUGACGCGUUUCCCCUUUAAAGGCGCGCUGCAGAGGCUGUGACGCGGCUCGGAAACCCGGAUCCUGGUCGCCCGUACUGUCAGCCACGUCACCGAUCAGCGGCGCGAGCACACAGUCCAGCACAGACCAUCAGAGAGACUUUGCAGUAAAUUAUCACGGAUUCUCUUGCGCAUAUAAAUCACUAAGAGAUUCAUGCUAGCAACCGGAUGAGCAGCAGAAAGAAAGAGUUUAUUUUGUGUAUGUGUGUGGUUUGUUUUUUGCGGAGCGAACAUCUGUCCUUGGAACAGCUGCAUAAGUUAACUCUUUGAAUCCAGCGCUGAUUGCCGAUAACAUGAAUAUCUUCCGUCUGUCUGGAGAUGUUUGUCAUCUGGUCGCCAUCAUUAUUCUGUUCCUGAAGAUCUGGAGAUCCAAAUCAUGCGCAGGUAUUUCUGGGAAGUCUCAGGUGCUGUUUGCGCUGGUCUUCACCACCAGAUAUCUGGAUCUGUUCACAUCCUUCAUCUCCAUCUACAACACCGUGAUGAAGGUGGUGUAUCUGGUCCUGGCGUACGCCACUGUCAGCCUCAUCUACUUCCGCUUCAGGAACUCGUACGACUCUGAGAGCGACUCGUUCCGUGUGGAGUUCCUGCUGGUGCCGGUGGCCGGUCUGUCGUUCCUGGAGAACUACGCCUUCACGCCGCUGGAGAUACUGUGGACGUUCUCCAUCUAUUUGGAGUCGGUGGCCAUCCUGCCGCAGCUCUUCAUGAUCACUAAGACAGGUGAGGCUGAGUCCAUCACCACACACUACCUGUUCUUCCUGGGCCUGUACCGCGCGCUGUACCUCGCUAACUGGGUGUGGCGCUAUCACGUGGAGGGAUUCUUCGACCAGAUCGCCGUGGUGUCCGGCGUCGUCCAGACCAUCUUCUACUGCGAUUUCUUCUAUCUGUACUUCACCAGAGUACUGAGAGGACGUGGAAAGAUGACUUUGCCGAUGCCGGUGUGAGUUGUUGGAUCAGGCCCCGCCCCUGCAUUAGGCCACACCCAGUUGUGACAUCAUCACCAGCCGCCUUGUAGCUC